UUAGAAACGAGUUCUGUUCUUCCGUUCUGUGGAAGCCAAAGCUCCCAGUGGCAGCCUCCCAUGCCUUUGGAUGGGAUGGGAAAAAUUUCAAGUUGGCCAAGUUUUGGUCAAAUCAGGAUUAAUUUGUUCAAUAAAUGAUUUUUUUAAUUCGUCGGAGAGAGGUUCCUGUUGACCUGGAUUGCAGAUGCAGAAGUCGUUGGUCCAAAAGCGCCAUUUUCUUGUUCCAGCUUGGAGACUCCACACCGUCAAUUCUUUUCCCCUCUUCUAGAAUUUGAUUUGUUGCUCAUUUCUCAUGAUUAGAAGAGAUUUGACGGCGUUGGAAGAGGAAACAAAGAUCAAGACGCGGAUAUGGUGAGCCUUAUUCUAGAAAUUGGUUUCUUGCUCAUAUCCUACGGAUUAGAAGAGAUUUGAGGGUGUUGGAGGAGAGAGGGAGGACAAGAGAGCAAGACGUGGAGAUGAAUAGAAAGAGGAUGAGGAAUCUCUACGCCAAGGAGGCAGUGGAGUUCUUAAACCAUGUAAUCGAGGAGAAGCCGCUGCUGCCCUUCUUGAUACCUUUAGGGUUUUUCGCAUGGGCUAUCGAACGUUGGCUAGUUCCCUUCUCCAAUUGGAUUCCUAUGGCGUUUGCCGUCUGGGCUACUAUUGAGUAUGGGAGGUUCCAACGGCAGCUACUCAUAGAACGGAUGAAUAGAAGAUGGAAGCAACUCAUAUUGCACUCAACGCCUGUAACACCACUUGAGCCUUGUGCUUGGUUGAACAAGAUUCUGAUGGAAGUUUGGCCCAACUAUAUGGAACCAAAAUUAUCAUAUAAGUUUUCCUCAAUGGUAGAGAGGCGCUUGAAGGAUCGAAAGCCAAAACUCAUUGAAAAGCUAGAGUUACAGGAGUUCUCACUUGGUUCAUGCCCUCCAAAUUUGGGGCAACAUGGGGUGCACUGGGUUACUUUAGGUGAACAGAGUGUCAUGCGCCUAGAUUUUGACUGGGACACUAACGAGAUGAGUGUAUUGUUGUUGGCAAAAUUGGCAAAGCCUCUGAUGGGGACAGCUCGGAUUGUCAUUAAUAGUAUUCACAUCAAGGGAGAUGUCCUCAUAACUCCAAUUCUUGAUGGGCAAGCAUUGCUUUACUCUUUUGAGUCUACUCCUGAGGUUAGAAUAGGUGUUGCAUUUGGUAGUGGUAAUGGCCAAACACUUCCGGCAACAGAAUUGCCUGGGGUCUCAUCUUGGCUGGUUAGAAUUUUAACUGAAACCCUUGCCAAGAUGAUGGUUGAGCCUCGACGAGCAUGUUUUUCCUUGCCCUCAAAAGAUCUUAGAAAGAAAGCUGUUGGUGGACUAAUUUCUGUCACAGUAGUAUCAGCCAGUAAUUUGAAUCUUAAUAGUGUGAAACGCAACAUUGAAGAGAGUCCGGAGAGUUCAUUAGUAAGCAGUCAGUCUUCAGUGAGCUUGGGGAAUCAAAUUGAGCAGACAUUUAUUGAAGUGGAGCUUGGAAAUUUGUCCAGGAAAACCAAUUUUAGUCGAAGUUCAAAUCCUACAUGGAAUUCUGUUUUUAAUCUGGUAAUGCAUGGAGAUACAGGCAUAAUCAGGUUUCAUUUAUGUGAAGGGGGUCCAAGUAGUGUAAAGCUAAAUUACUUAAGCAGUUGUGAGAUAAAGAUGAAAUAUGUUGCAGAUGAUUCCACUACAUUUUGGGCAAUAGGGCCCAAUUCUGGCGUGUUGGCAAAGCAUGCUGAGAACUGUGGGCAGGAAGUUGAAAUGGUUAUUCCAUUUGAGGAUACUAAUUUUGGAGAGUUAACUGUUAGGCUUGUCUUAAAGGAAUGGCAGUUUUCCGAUGGUUCCGUUACCAUGAGUAGUUCUUCAGAUGGUCAGUUUCAAUCAUCCAUAUAUGGUUCAUCAAGCAUGCCGCUCAGAACUGGAAGGAAACUUAGUAUAACUGUAGUGGAAGGAAGGGACCUGACUACUAAAGAUAAAUCUGGAAAGUGUGAUCCUUAUGUCAAAUUAGAAUAUGGAAAGGUUCUCCAGAAAACAAAAACGGUAUAUCAUACCACAACUCCUGUGUGGAACCAAACAUUUGAGUUUGAUGAAAUUGGAGGAGGUGAAUAUCUCAAGAUCAAAUGCUACAAUGCAGAAAAAAUUAGUGAUGAAAAUGUUGGAAGUGCACGGGUAAGUUUAGAAGGACUUUUGGAAGGUUCUUGCCGAGAUGUUUGGAUACCCCUUGAAAAAGCAAACUCUGGUGAACUGAGACUUCAAAUACAAGUUGCAAAGAAUAAUGCCCACGAAGGAUAUUGGAACUCAUCACAAAGAUCAUUUUCAGCUGGUUGGAUUGAAUUGGUUCUUAUUGAAGCUAGGGACCUUAUUGCUGCAGAUCUAAGAGGAACAAGUGAUCCUUAUGUUAGGGUUCAUUAUGGUAACCUGAAGAAACGUACAAAGGUUAUAUACAAAACUCUGCAUCCGCAGUGGCAUCAAACUCUGGAGUUUCCUGACACGGGUAGUCGCUUGGUUUUGCAUGUGAAGGAUCACAAUGCUGUGCUGCCUGAAACGAAUAUUGGUGAUUGUGCGGUAGAAUAUGAAAUGUUGCCUCCAAAUCAAGUAGCUGAUAAGUGGAUACCUUUGCAAGGAGUAAGAAGUGGUGAGAUCCAUGUCCGAGUAACAAGAAGAAUUCCAGAAGUCCAGAAUAAACAAAAAAAUUCUGGUCGUGUUUCUUCCUUAAGCAAAGCGCACAAAAUAUCUGGAAAGAUGAGGGAGAUUUUGAAGAAUUAUCAAGGACUAGUAGCUGACGGGGAACUGGAAGGUUUAUCGUCAGCUCUAAGUGAACUUGAGAGUGCAGAAGACGCAAAGGAAGAUUAUAUUCUUUCCCUUGAAAGGGAGAAGACAUUGCUGGUCAACAAAAUAAACGAUCUUGGCCAUGAAAUCUUGAGGUCGUCUUCAUCUCCAAGUUCAUUACCAUACUGAAGCAGAAUCAGUGAUUUUUAGAUAGUAUUAAUCAUAGUUGGAAAGUAGUUUUAACUCUUUGAUAUAGUGAGAAGCAGUGUAUAUUCACAAGAAGAACAAAAUUCAAUUAUUUUUUUCUUCCUUUCUUAUUUUAGCUGUGAAAUAUGGUGAUGUCUUAGAGAUGAGAGAGUGAGACAGAACUCAGUUUAAUUUUCUUUAAUUUUAAUUAUAACUUCUUGUGAACAGAAAAUAAUGGGACUGCUAAUUUCUUUCAGAUAUUAUAACCCAUCUUUAUUUUUGCAA